AUGGGUAUGCAGAAAGCCGCACGAAACCUUUUUGAUGCCCUUCGAAGCCACCGAGUGUCCACACGAUGGAAGGCCCAUAUCAAAGAUCCAUUGAUCCAGGCCACAACCCAAGCAUUGCUUGAUCUGGGACCAGAAGCAUCUUCAUCUGAGAUUACAGCAAUCCUGCCUGAAGUCAAUCAAUCGAGAGGGCAGGUAAGACAUAUUUUGAAAGAAUUGGCGCAAAAGCGACAAGCAGACUGGGUGCUCAAGGUGAUUUGGGCAUUGCAAGAUCGGGGCAUUCGACUGAAUGUGAGGGACUACACUAUGGGGAUCUCAGUAUGUGCCAGGUCGAAGCUGUGGCAACAUGCGUUGAGCUUGUUUGCAGCCAUUCCAGUGGAACAGGCAAAGCCUGACUUGAUUUGUUAUAAUGCUGCAAUCAAUGCCUGCCAAACGGGUGGGCUUUGGCAAUAUACCUUGACGUUGUUUCAGGCAAUAAAGGAGGCAACAUUGAAGCCAGAUGUGUUUUGCUACAACGCUGCUAUUGGGGCCUGCAAGAAGGGCAGUGAGUGGGAGCAGGCAUUUGUGUUCUUCGAGAACAUGUCAAGUUACAGCAUGCAGCCAGACAUUGUGAGCUACAAUACAACCAUCAGCGCAUUGGAGAAGGGCGGGCAAUGGCAGCAAGCGCUGAACCUGUUUGAAGCAAUGCCAAAGUCAAGUGUGCAGCCAAGCGUUAUCACUUACAAUGCGACGAUGAGUGCCUGUGUGAACGUUGAAGUCUGGCAGAAGGGGUUGGAAUUGUUUGCGUUGAUGUUUGGACGGAACGUUUUGCCAGAUGUGAUUAGCUUCAGCACAGCCAUCAGUGCCUGUGAAAAGGCUGGUUGGUGGCAGCAAGCGCUCCACUUGUUUGCAGCACUGUCCAACUUCAGUGUGCAAAUGGACGUCGUCAGCUACAACGCCACCAUCAGUGCCUGUGAGAAGGGCUGGCAAUGGCAGAAGGCGUUCUUUUUGUUUCAUGCAAUGGGAGGAGCCAGCUUCCGUGCAGAUGCUAUUACUUUCAGUGCAACGAUCAGUGCGUUUGAGAAGGGCGGGCAAUGGCAGGGAGCUUUGAGGUUGUUGGAGGCGAUGCCAAGGGCAACCAUCGAUCCAGGUGUAUUUGCCUACAGUGCCAGCAUUAGCGCCUGCGCUGCCGGAUCGAAAUGGCUUGAAGCUCUCGAGCUCUUCCAGCAAAUGCAGCUUUCCAGCCUAAGACCACAUGUGGUCACCUACAGCGCGACGAUGAGUGCCUGCGAAAAGGCCGGUGAAUGGCAAUCUGCGCUACUGUUGCUGGAGGCCAUGCGUCGAGUCGACAUACCACCUGGUGUUACAGCUUACAGUGCAGGCAUCAGUGCGUGUGAGAAGGGCACGCAGUGGCAGCGAGCGGUCUUUUUGCUGACUGAGGUCAUGCCACAGGCACAUGUAUUGCCCAAUGUUGUCGCCUACAAUGCGGGCAUCAGCGCCUGCCAGACGUGCAAUCACUGGGCCUAUGCCUUGCAGUUGUUGUACGACAUGCGAUGUGCACAUGGCGUGCAACCGGACGUCAUCAGUCUUAACGGAUGUCUUGGAGCCUGCGCGCUGGCGGUCCAAUGGCAACAGUGCCUGGCAUUGUUGGGCUCCAUGUCGGCCCAAGAUAUUGAGCCUGAUGUUACAAGCUACAAUAGUACCAUCAGUGCUUGCUUGAAAGGCGGCAAGUGGCAGCCAGCCAGGUACAGGUUCUUGCAGAGCCUUGCAAGGAACCAGCCGCAGGUGAGAGAAAAUGUGCUGGCUUCUGGUAUUAUAUAUACUACCCAGUCAUAG